CAAGCCAUCCGGGAGCAGAGGAUGUACCAGCAGGAGAGGGACAGCAGCCGAUAGGAAAUGACAGCUCCCUCCUUUGUCACAUGCUCCACAGGAGAUUCUGGUGUGCUGCUCAGAAGCUCUGCGGUCAUGGAUGUGUUCCAGAAGGUAGAGAAGAUCGGAGAGGGCACCUAUGGAGUGGUGUAUAAGGCCAAAAACAAGGAGACUGGGCAGCUGGUGGCCCUCAAAAAGAUCAGGCUGGACCUGGAGACCGAGGGUGUCCCAAGCACCGCCAUCAGGGAGAUCUCCCUUCUCAAAGAACUUAAGCACCCCAACAUUGUCAGGCUGCUGGACGUGGUGCAUAGUGAGAAGAAGCUUUACCUGGUUUUUGAGUUCCUCAGCCAGGACCUGAAGAAGUACAUGGACUCCACCCCGGCCUCUGAGCUCCCCCUGCACUUAGUCAAGAGCUACCUCUACCAGCUACUGCAAGGGGUGAAUUUCUGCCACUCUCACCGGGUCAUCCACCGAGACCUGAAACCCCAGAAUCUGCUCAUUAAUGAGUUGGGAGCCAUCAAGCUGGCGGACUUUGGGCUGGCUCGAGCUUUCGGGGUACCCUUGCGCACCUACACCCACGAGGUGGUGACACUGUGGUAUCGUGCCCCUGAAAUCCUCUUGGGCUGCAAGUUCUAUUCCACUGCUGUGGAUGUCUGGAGCAUUGGUUGCAUCUUUGCAGAGAUGGUAACUCGCAGACCCCUGUUUCCUGGCGACUCUGAGAUUGACCAGCUCUUUCGUAUUUUUCGGACCCUGGGGACACCCAGUGAAGCCACGUGGCCAGGAGUCACCCAGCUGCCAGACUAUAAGGGCAGCUUCCCCAAGUGGACCAGGAAGGGGCUGGAGGAGAUUGUGCCCAGUCUGGAGCCAGAGGGCAGGGACCUGCUCAUGCAACUCCUGCAGUACGACCCUAGUCGGCGGAUCUCAGCCAAGGCGGCCCUGGCCCACCCGUACUUCUCCUCUGCGGAGCCCUCCCUGGCCCCCCGCCAGUGUGUGCUGGAGCGGUUUUGUCGUUGAGAAUAUGAGGCUCACCACCUGCAGCCCUCUCUCCAGCUGCUGUCCCACCCACUACCCAAGAAAAAGAAUGAAUCUGGGGAGAUAGAAAAGCUCUGAAGAAUUUGGCAUCAGCCAGGAGAGGGCUGAGUUUGGGUUAGUCCCGCCAGCAGGUUAGCGAGUUCCUGUGUUGUUUGUUGGGUCUGGCAGCGCUGCUUGAAGAUGAGGCACAGACGCUCCAUGCAGAAGGGGCUUGUGUUAGAGCCUGUACCCCCAGGCUCAGGAGCCAGAGAGAGGGCAGGAAGCUGCCUGGGCUGUAGCCAAGCACCUCUCACCUGCCCCAGCCCUCAGCUGCAGAUCCAGAUGCGAGGGAAAGGGUGACCCCUGCAGGUCUUUUUGGAUUUAAACUGUUUGGGGGAAGAGUUGAGUUCCAGUUGAGUGAGUCCCAAGUUAACAGGAAGCGGGGUGUUGGAGAGGAGAGGAUGUGUUCCUGACCCAGAGGGGGUCAGGGAGCAUGUGGCUGAUCCAAGGAAUUGUCUGUUCACCUACGAUAUGCUUAUGUUAGUUUGCCUCUGGCUUUAAGAACAGGAAAUAAAAGUGACACCUUUCUGAAUUUCCUGGGGUUGUUCCACUGUGGAGGAUGCAGGGACUUGCCAAUAAGGGGGAGACUGACAAGAGGGCUCGAGGCAGUUCCUGACCCAAGAGACCCAGAACAGAAUAGAGACAGUGGGCAAACCGGGGAGGAAGGGUGGAGGGAGGGCUUAUGGGAGGGUUUGUGUCAUGCCCCACAAUCUUUUUCCUUGACCUCCCAGAGUCAAGAGAACCACAGCCUCUCCAGGUGCCUGCA